AUGCUGAUCGAGAACGACCAAUCUGUGGAUUGGUAUUACGCCAUCUCACCCAAGGUGCUCAACUGGACUUUGUUGGCAGGCUACAUCGUUCUCCCUUCCACGUUCACGACCAUGAAUCGCUCCGAAGCUUUCAACACCAUGAUGGAAGAUAACGAGCUUGUGCUGAAGGCAUUUCAGAAUCCUCCUUUACUUGGACUUGCACUGUUCUUGUUUAUUGUUUCCCUGAUAGGGUUGACUUGUAUAUGGUGGGUCUGGAAGUGCAAUUAUAUCUGGCUCACAAACUCACUACUCGGCUUCAGCACGACCUUGCUAAACGUAUACGCUGUGCGGGAUGGUACAUGGUCGGCCAUUGCCAUAGCUUCCAUCACCGCAACUAGCUUCUGCUUACUCAUCUCCAUCCUUGCGUAUACAAUCUAUAGUAUAUGGCUUUUGAAACCCAUAAGAGCAGCUCGAGCCGGUCGGAACGUGGAAGGUUAUAGCACGGCCGAUACCGCGACCCACAGGAAAGAGUGA